AUGGCCGCUCUCCGAUCCAAUGAUGAUGAGGUUAGGGUGCUGGGCCAACACGAGGCUAUCUUGCUUGCUGUCGCAGACCCUGAAACCGGGCUCGUGCUGCUAGCCAAGUUCCAGCCACACUUCUAUCGGACCAUGCGUCUGGGUGGCUACAGCAGAGGCCUCUUGGAUCGAAUCCCCGCUGGACACAUCGAAGUAGAUGUUCUGGGGCCGCGGACGUGCUGGGUGUGGUUCGUGGAACUCAUUGCUCGAGUAAGCAAUGUCGAGCAAUGA